GCGAAGGAGUGAGGAUCGUGCCGCUGCUGCUCCCGCUGACGCCCGCUUCGCGUGGUCCGCGCCUCGCUGCGUGCGCUCGUGUUCCACAGUCUUGCGGAUCGAACUCUCUUUUCCAUUCUUGAGAUAAUUCUUCAUGGACGCGCUGUUGGAUAUCAACUAAUAGCAACUACACUGAACUCACAUCUUCGACAGCGUGGGAAAUGGCACUCGCAAUUUUCGUGGCGGCGAUAUGCCUGGUUUUGUCGACAACAGCAGAGUCCAAAGUCGACUACUGCCGUAUGGACACUUUCAACCGGACUGGACCCUGGAUGCAGUUCACUAAAGAGAUCAGCGAUCGCGAGUAUGCCAUCGAGACAAAGUUCAAGAGUCUUCACUGCUGCGCCAAAAGCUACAACAGUAUAGAAUGGUACAAGGACGGGAAGCCGUACCCGUGGCCGGCGAGCACGUCCAGCCUGAUCCUGUACCCGGAGUCGGGCAACCAGACCAUCUACACGCAGGCGUCGCAGGACACGGACGCCGGCGGCUACUCGUGUCGCGUGCGCAACGAGUCCACCACGCUGGAGCACCACGUCGAGCUCAAGGUGGUUGACAGCUCCGGGUACUCCGGCCGCCCGCUGGCUACCUUCCGGCCGACAGACCAGUACGUGCCGCUGGGGGAUGACGCCAGGCUCUUCUGCGAAGCCUUCGUCGGUCGCAUUGAUCUUCCUGAUGCUCACAAUGAAGUUGUAUGGCUACGCAAUGGUACACCUCUUCCUUCCCAGUAUUGGCACACAGUUGCAAGGGAAGAUAGCCUGAUUUUAGGCUCAUAUCUGUUCAUCCACAAUAUUCGUCAUGAUGAUCUUGGGCAAUAUGUAUGUCGUAUCUCUAACACAGGCUUCCAGAUAAUAGAAAUGCCUGUCCAGCUACAUGAACUAGGGGAAACACAAACUGCAGACACCCAUCGAAUUCCGUACAGUCAGAUGUUUCUUGUGAUUGGUCUUGUGGUACUCUCAAUAAUCACAGUUGUCACACUGUAUCUGCGGUUUGCAGUGCCAGUUAGACUCUUCUAUAAGGACAAAUUUGGACCUAGAGAGGACAAUGAUGGAAAGGACUUUGACGUUUUAGUUUGUUAUGAUGAGAAAGACACUGAAUUUGCACUGGGGGUACUAAUUCCCAUGCUGGAAAAUAAACUUGGCUAUCGAUGUUGUUCUCAACUGCUCAAGGCAUCAGCAGUGAACAGUAAAUGCUGUGAUGAGAUAUACAAUACUGCGGAACGGAGUCGUCGGCUGAUGGUUGUUUUGUCACCACCUGUUGUCAACAAUAACUGGACAUGUGCAGCCCUCAUGAAAGUGCUGCGCAUAUUUUUACAAAUACAUCCAAAUACCAUCUGUAUAUCCUUGCAGGCACUACCUAAGGAAGGUGCAACAGUGAAGAAUGAGUAUGGCGAGACUCUACAGCAGUUAUGCCGUAAGGCAAAAGUCAUCAUGUGGCAAGGAAUUAGUGAGCGUGCUCGGCGUAAUUUCUGGAAAGCAGUUCGGCUUGAGCUCCCUGCACACCAUAAUACACCUGCUACUGGAUCUGUGAUUCUUCCUGCAUCCUCAAAUCGUCAGCAGAGUUCUCACAUAACUGUUAUACCACCUGCAAAGCGAGCGAUUCGAACAAACUCGCAUGAGAGCCUUGAAGUUCUAGUCUAGAUCUAGAGACACUGGUUCUAAAGCAUUACGUCUAUAAGGUCAGCUAUUGUUACCUUUUUAAUUCAUGCUUAUAAUUGUUAAUACAGUUCAUAUCAACCUAAACUGAUCUCAGCUCUCUUAGCUUGCAUGUAAAACGAGACCAUCUUCUGUACCUUAUAGUUACAAAUAAUAAAUAUUAUUAUGUAAGUUACAGAAUGUUUCAUUGCUUUCACAUGUGUCAACAUAGAGAACAUAUUCUCUUGUGGAGACAUUUAGCAGUAUUCGAAGAAAAUCUUCAGAGUAAAAACAAAAACAAAGGUCCUUCACAAAUAAAGAAUGUAACAGAUGAUAUAAAAUAUUAGCCAACAAAUAUGUAAGUGCUGAAUAAUACUGUAUCUUUGAAAUGAAGAAUCAUUUACCUAAAAAUGUAUUGCUUUGUUUUUCUGGUCUUCUGUAGGAGAUCUGAUUGACUUAGAAGUCCAAUAAUCUAAUCUUAUCAUAUGGAAUAAUGCUUUGUUAAUUUUAUCAUUUGUUUUAUGUCAGGAUUCAGUUACCUGCUUUUGCUACUAUUUAAUGUAGUGUGUGUGUCAGGUAUUACUUGUAUGUUUGUUUUUGACUACAGUUUUGGACAUGAUCAUUUUGAAUAUACUGAGACUAUUGUACUAACGUGACUGUGUCAGAUAUAUUUUUGUUACUGUAACCUACAAUCUUCAGAUAUUGUUCAUGAGUCAUUAAUUUAUUAUAACUAAAAUGUUUCCUUUUCUCUUACUGUAAUUAGUUACAAUAAAUUGGAUGAAUCAUUACUAAAACAAGUGCUUGGCAGUGUUCUGAUUACAUUUUACAGUUGCAAGAUGCAGCUGUUUUUGUCUUAAGAGAGAGCACAAUUAUUACACUGUAACAAAAAUGUAUGGAGAAAUUUUAAAUCCUGUUCAAUGGUUGGCAUAAGAAAAUUGUGUAUUAUUUUCAACAUGAAUGUGCUAGUCUUGCCAAUACAUAACACUUAACAGUUAUUCUCGUUUUGUGAUUCGUGUAUGUCUUCAAUAGUAAAUUGAUAGUUUAAUGUCAGACGGCUAACAAGGGAAAAACCUGAUUGAAUUCACAAAAUAAAAGCAGCUUUCAGUACUUAAACUAAUGAACAAAUAUCAGCAUUGAUGCAUACAAGAUGAAUAAAGAAAUGAGUUUCCAAGAAUUAUGCUUCUUAUUGAGCAGCCAAAUUUCUUACUAUAUGUGUGCCAGAAUAAAGCAAUGUGAGCUAGAAAAGGUGAAGGUAGCUAAUUAUUAUUGUAUAUUGCUAAAAGAAAAGGAGUACACACACACACACACACACACACACCACACACACACACACACACACACACACACACACACACACACACACACACACACACACACACACACCCGUGUGUGUGUGUGUGUGUGUGUGUGUGUGUGUGUGUGUGUGUGUGUGUGUGUGUGCGCUACAAUACUUUCUUCAAUGAAGGGUUACAUGUGAAAUUUAAAUCCAUAAACAUAGAGCUUUAUUUGGUAAGGUAAUGAAAACUGUACAGUGAUAAAGUAUUUUCCAAACUUGAUGCACCAAAAUAGUAUGUUUGGAUAAAUGAAUACCUGAUAAGUAAACAUUGAUAUUAUAUAUACUGGUAAACAUGAAGAACAAUUAGUACAUUAAUUUGACAGAUAAUUCACAAUUAAAAAGAUAUUUUGAAAUAUCUGCAGUUCUGUUUCAGAACGGAGUUGCUUAGUGAAAUGAACGUUUUAUAUCAAAACGUGUUUGAAAUGAUAAAACUUCAUGUUUGUAGUUUAUUCAUGUUGAUGAUUUCCAGUAUUGUUUUCUGGCAAUGAAAUACUUACAUCUCAAUCCAUACAAAAGAACAAAUGUGCUUCAUAUUGUGAAGUGCCAAGCACUUGCUUAACACACAGUUUGCCUUCUGUCUGAGACUAUAUAUUCCAUCACUGCAGAAGCAUACUACUUGCUGCGCAAAGUUCUAGUAGAGCUGGAUCUUUCCGAACCAGAUUCAAAAGGACCUGCCAAAUUGUCUUGAGUGUUAAUUAUGACAUGGUUGGCGUACUUAAUUGUUUGAUACCAAAUUGUAUUUCAUAACUGUAUGAAAGAAGUCAUACUUUGUUUCAUUAAGCCUGUAUUUAACACACAUCUCUUUUGUGGCAUUUAUUGUUCACUGCAGUGGCAUAAAAUACCUGAGAGAGAUAAAACAAGACUGAAUUUUCUUGUAAGCUGUAAGUAAUUAUGAAGCUUAAAAGUAUUCUUUAAAUUUUAUUUUGAUGUGUUAAGAGUCUUUUUAGCUUAUGGACUCCAUUGUAGAACUAUAGUAUUUGCAUGUUUCAUUUCUGCUACUAAAACAUUUAAAAUGGCAUUAUAGAAAAUUUUCAAAGAUACAUUAAUAUGUGGGGUCAGGUUGGUUGCUCUGGUAAAAUUAUGCAUGUAAAUAUCUUGAUUUAAAGAGAAAAACCCCCAAAUAUGUUGUUUGAUAAAAUUAUAUGUAAUAUUUUGUGAUAGAUGUUUGUAAUUCUGUAUCAUUGUUAUUUUGUUCAGUAUUUUUUUAGUAUACUUAUAGGAUUAAAGGAAAACCUCAUUCUUCCAUAAAAUGUAUUUAUUCAUUCAUGUAAAUAAACUUGACAGAAAAGCCA